CGCGUUUCGAACCAUUUGUUUCCCUGUCUCCCUUUGUCGUUGUCCUUUCUCGUUCUCACAGUUGGCUCUGCGUGCGACUGUUUCUGAGCGAUGAGCAGUCGAGCAGUGGAAGACGACGCACUGGCCAAAGCCGCAAGAGCUGCCGAAGCUCUUUACCUCCUCCGAGACACCUACUUUCCGGCCGACCCGGAUGACAAAAUCACCAGAUUAAACGCCGAUUCCGAUCUUGCCCUCAACCUCCUCGAUUCCAUUCCUCUUGAGCAAAGAAAACAUCCGGCUCAACGUGCGAAAUACGAAUAUCUGAGAGGAAAGAUACUGGAUGUUUUACCGAAUUAUAGAAAGGAAGCAGAGGAUCAUCUCUCAAAAGCUGUUAAGUUGAAUCCAUCUCUUGCAGAUGCUUGGCUAUGUUUAGGUAACUGCAUUUGGAAGAAGGGAGAUCUAUCUUCAGCCAAGAACUGCUUUAAUCUUGCCCUAAGCAAGGGUCCAAACAGGCAGAUACUUUGUCAACUUUCGAUGCUUGAAAGAAAAAUGGCUCAAGGUACCGACAAUGAGGCAGAACUUGUUGAUGAAAGCAUUCAACAUGCCAAGGAAGCCAUAACUCUUGAUGUCAAGGAUGGGAAUUCAUGGUACAAUCUUGGAAAUGCAUGUCUUACAAGUUUCUUUGUGACUGGAGCUUGGGACCAUUCCAAACUUCUGCAAUCUUUGAAGGCAUACCAAAAUGCUGAAAAGGAUGAAAGAAUGCAGUCCAAUCCAGAUCUAUAUUUUAACUGUGCCAGUGUAAACAGAUAUCUGGAAAACUAUGAAAGGGCCCUUUCUGGAUUUGAAGCUGCUGCUUUAAAGGAUCCUGGUCUCAAUGCUACAGAGGAGGUUCAAAAGAUUGUUAGCCUUCUUGACAAGCUGGAUAAUCUGUUAAGGGGGUAUGCUAGAUCUAAACGACUUCUGUCAUUAGCAUCAUCUCUGGCUGCUGUAAACUUGAACUCCUCAUAUCGAAGAGCUACUGUAGAUAUUCUAUCAGAGGGUCUGAACAAAUCAGUAGCACUAGUGGGAAAAGUGCUAUUCUUUAUUAAGCAUGACAACGUUGCUCCACUGUACUACUUGGCAUGCGAUUCAAAUCAAAUAUGCUUUGUUGUGUCAGUUUAUGGCAUUCAAUAUGAUUCGAUCAAAGAAGGAGAUCAGCUAACAAUACUGGAACCUUUUCAUCGGCGUUUCAAGUUUUCUUGGAAAGAAAAGUUGUACGAGUUCAAAUCAUUUCGUGUGGAUUUCAUAGAACAGUUGCUUGUGAACGGAAAGGCCCUUACUCCUCACCAAGCUGUCCGUACCUCAAUUUAUGCACAGCACAAACCAUGAAUGUAUAUAGUGGUUUCGAGUGAAAUAUUUGCGAGUAUUUACUUUUGCUCAGGUUUUGUUUGUCUGCCCUUGAGUUUUUAUGCUGUAUUCUUCGUGAAUAGAUUUAGGGAAUGAAGAAAGCAAAGCUAGACGGGGCCCAAGUUGUUGCCCAAGUGAAAUGCCAUCAUUGCAGUGAACAGAGAUGUACUACAUUUUAACGGAUUUUUCUUUUGGCCGUAUAUUUGGAUGGAUACUGUUCAUAUAAAAAAAUUCGCCUUUUUAUA